AUGCAGAGCCAUUUCUUCGGCCCAUUGAAAGCAUCCAACCAACUACGCCCCAUCGAAAGCGUCAUUCAGUUCUUGCCGAGCAAGAACUUUGGUGCCCCCAAUAGCUGGGUCAGCUAUGUCGAUACGGGUAUUGUCGAGGUCAUCCAGCGCAGUGGUGCGCUCGCGCUGGGUUUGAGCACCGAAACGGGCGGAAACCCUGGGAGUGUGCUCUGGAGGGAUGUCUUCGUCGCCCAGCGCGAUGGGACCUUUGCGAACAGACACGACCACGACUACGCACGGGGCCUCGCGGAAGCGACGGCGACGGAAUGGGCCAAGUCGAGCAAAGCCGACGUGCUGGCCGCCGUGCCGGCCACGCGCCAGAAACUCAACUGGCACCAAUUCACCAUUCCUGUUCCGCUGGAUCAUCCGGCACGAGCCCGAGACGAUUCUGCUGCUCACGCCCGUCUUCCUCUUCAAGGCCGAAGACUUGGUCGACUGGUUGAUCGACGUCACGCAGAGUGA